GCGCUUGCAAAGGUGAAUUGCGCAUCCUUCCGCGUCGACUAAGAGGCACCUGCCGCACGGGUGACCGCGUGGGCCGUACCUGAGACCUCGUAGCCAGAUUUACAAACCCUAGCGGCAGUCUCUGUCUCUGAGUCCUUGGCUGAUUCUUCAUCGGUCCAGCUUUUGUUUCUGAGUUCUUUUUUCUGCUUCCCUGGCUUUCUCUCUCUUCUUACUUUCUUCUUCCUCCUCCUUCAUAGUACUCCUUCAAAACGAUAGUCAACUCAGAACCGCCUGGUAGCCACAAUCUAAGAUCUCUCUAUCUUCUCGCCCUCGACACCGUCAGGGCCGGGCGAUCCAUCGUCGUUACGGGUCAGCUUCGUUUAUUUUUGCACUCCUAUGGUUUUCCGGUGAUUCCGACGUCGAUCUCGCCCUCCAAACCCUCGCCACCGCGCGUUCCUUCCUCGUCCAGCAGCAUAUUUAUCUGAAAUCAAAAGCUGAAAACGUCUUCACGAGCCAAAUUACCCUGAGUCCGGUCCAAUAUUUUCCUGAGAAUGGAACAGGCUGAGAGCGCUUGUUCCUUUGAAGCGAGAGAGAGCGAGAGCCAGAGCAAGAGGAAGAGAUUGUCGACUUCGCUGCCGAUCGGGGAAGGGCAACGCCGGGUCAGAGGCCGCCCAGCCUCUCCGAGAGCAAAGCCGACUCUGCUUCAGCCUUCAGCCCUUGAUUUUCGUAGCAAAACUCUCUGGUCCGAUGCUUCGCAUUCUACGGAAGCACAUGUACCAUCAGCUCUUCUAAUGGCUGCUUCUUCGAGUAUGAAAAGGAAUUACAAUGUGUUCCUCAGUUUCAGAGGGACAGAUGUCCGCCACGGCUUCCUCAGUCAUCUCUACGCGGCUUUGAAAGAUAAAGGAAUACACACUUUUGUGGAUCGCGAGGAGCUCAGGAAAGGAGAGGAAAUAUCGCCGACCCUCAUGAGGGCGAUCGAGGAAUCGCGCAUUGCGACCAUUGUCUUCUCUGAGAACUACGCCUCCUCGCCGUGGUGUUUGGAAGAGCUCUUGAAAAUCAUGGAAUGCAAGGAGCAAAACGACCUGAUGGUGGUCCCCGUGUUUUACAAAGUGGAACCCAGAGAAGUGAGAGAGGGGAGAGAGAGUUAUAAGAGAGCUAUGGAUAACCAUGAGUGCAAGUUCGGGAAGGAUUCAAAGAAAGUGAAGAGAUGGAAGAAGGCUCUCUCUGAAGCUGGUAGCUUGUCUGGGUGGGAGUUGAAUGACAGAGACGAAGCGGAUCUCAUACAAUGCAUCGUGAAGGAAUUAUGGAUUCGUCUCAAGCAAACACCCUUACAUGUUGCUAAGUAUCCAGUCGGAAUAGAUUCUCGAGUUCAAGAAUUGAUAUGGUUGUCACAGAAAAAGUCGGCUGAUGAUGAUGUUCUGAUGAUAGGUCUAUGGGGACCUGGAGGCAUGGGGAAGACAACAAUUGCCAAGGCCCUAUAUAAUGCUAUGAUGAGACAAUUUCAGGUUUGUAGUUUUUUGGAGCAAAUUAGAGAAAAAUCACGCCAAAGCAGUGGUCUUGUUACUUUACAAAAGGAUCUUCUAUCUAAGAUCGUGGUUGAUCCUUUAACGAUCUACAGUGUCGCUAGAGGAAUUAGUUUGAUACAAGAAAGACUAUGUCGCAAGAAGGUUCUCCUGGUUCUUGAUGAUGUUGACCAUAUGAAUCAACUGAAUGCAUUAGCUGGAAAAGGCAAUUGGUUUGGAAAAGGAAGUAUAAUCAUUGUUACAACAAGAAAUAAACAAUUGCUGACUUCUCAUGGCAUAAAUCGUGUGCAUAGAAUUCAAACUUUAGGAUCUUGUGAAGCACGAAAGAGUGUAGACAUAAAAAUGGAUCUCAUAGAUAGAGCACUGCAUUAUUGCGGUGGCCUUCCGUUAGCCCUCGAAGUUUUGGGCUCAUUCUUAAGUGGAAGAAAUGAAGCUGCAUGGGAAAGUGCAUUGCAUAGGCUCUCCAAAAGUCCUGACCAAACUAUUAAUCAAGUUCUCAAGACAAGCUUUGAUGGAUUGGACAAUGACGAGAGGGAGAUUUUCCUCGAUAUUGCUUGUUUCUUUAAGGGAGAGAGAAUAGAAUACAUCCAGGAAGUUCUUGACAGCUGUGGUUUCGAGACAAUCAUAGGAAUAGAAAUUCUCAUCGAGAGAUCCUUGAUAAAAAAUGAGGAUGGUUCCCUACAAAUGCAUGAUUUGGUUCAGUUGAUGGGUACGGAUAUUGUUAAACAAGAAUGUCGCGAUGAUCCUGGGAAACGCAGCAGAUUAUGGCUUUUGGAAGAUGUUGAGGACGUUUUUUGUCAUAAUACGGGGACGGAUGCAGUAAAGGCCAUAGUAUUGGACUUGCGCCCACCAGAAGCCAUGGUAGUGGACUUGACCCCACCAGAAGCAAUAAUCAUCAGUCCUGAUGCUUUCACAAAAAUUAAAAAGUUGAGAAUACUCAUUUUGCUUGGAGUGCAUAUCUCUUCACAAGCUCAAGUUCGUCUCCCUAACGAGCUAAGAUGGCUUGAAUGGUCCAAUGCCCCGAAUCUAGAAUUUGGCUCUGGUCGAAAUAAACUCGUGAGCCUCGAUGUCCCGAAAAGUCAUAUCAGACAAUUAGGGGGCAACUUUCAUGUAAGCCAUUUGAAUGCAAGUCCCCCGGUUAGUAUUUGCGACCUAUCAUCGGCUCCAAAUAUGGAGAAAUUGAUUCUUAAUGGGUGUGAGAGCUUGGUGGAGGUUCACCCAUCCGUUGGAAAUCUUGUCAAGCUAGAAGUUUUGUCACUAGAAUCAUGCUCCAAUGUUAGUAAUUUUCCUAACACACUGAGGAAUGAAUCUCUUAAAUUCCUUCAUCUCUCUGAUUGCUCUAAACUUGAGAAGUUCCCAGAUAUUGAUGGAAAGAUGGAAGAUCUGGAAAAAGUUUAUCUAGAGGGGACAGCUAUUAAAGAACUCCCUGCAUCAAUUCAAAAUCUUGUCUCUCUGAAUGAGUUGUGUUUAGCAUUUUGCAAAGACCUCGUGAGGCUUCCACCAGACAUUUAUAAGUUGAAAAAUCUCGAGUAUUUGGAUCUUUCUGACUGCUCGAAUUUAAUCACGUUUCCAAAAAACAUGGAAGAUUCAAUUGAUCUUGAUGGCCUUAUGGGAUUCGAAAGACUAUCCUACCUAGGACUUAAGGGCUGCAAUCUAUCAGAAGUAGAGUUCCUUGAGAGUACUUCCAGUUUUCCCGAAUUGCAGAUCCUAAACCUUUCAUAUAACAAGUUUACUCAUUUGCCAACAUGCAUCAACAAGCUCUAUCAUUUGAGGCUAUUGAAGGUUGAGGGAUGCGAGCUACUACAAGAGAUUCCUCAGCUUCCAUCAAAUAUUUAUGAGCUAUUAGCACCUAAGUGCAAAUCCCUGCAAAAACUCCCAGAAUAUGUGGGAUUCCGGUGACUACUUGACUUCAUGUUUAUUAUUCCGCAAAGGAAUCGAUAUGGAUAAUGUGGCUAAUUUCUCAUUUACUUGAGCUAUUUCCAAGUUUGCUUCAAAGCAGAACAGGGAAGCAUAAAGAAGCGUGGAUUCCAUCUAAUGUGUGAACAAAAGGAGGAUGAUCCGAGGGUGGUGUUCCCAGCACCACCAGCUGAUGGAAGCAAUGUGAACGUUUUCUGGGAAGACUCAGAAGAAGAUAAUCCAAUAGAACCUGAGGAAGAAACUCCAAUUGAAACAGAUGCAGAGGAAAGCUCAUCACCUUUAACAAAGAAGAUAAGACGGUCUUAACUACGGUGAGACUUUGGGUUCAAUGUCUUUGCUUUUCCCUUUUUUGGACCUCCACUAGAGAUUUGCAAGUGUCUGCUCCUUCAAUUAGAAUUCAAGAUCAUUAUAAAACAGAGGUUUCACACCAUGCUACUGACAUGAUUGGGGAACCCUUUUUUUU